UUAAACCGUUGCUUGUUAUUUUCGGUGCACUUAAUUGCAGAAUUCGUAGAGUACUUCGAUGUUUUAAGGGAUGGCAAGGAUGGCUGGGACGGGUGAAUGCCCGGCCGAAUCACAGCGUUCUCUGAAUGCAGCGUCUGCUAUUAUGCAAAUAGUCCCAGGGUUUCAGACAAAUGUGCAGUUCCUGCCAUGUUGCGCUUCGAAAUUCAAACCUCGCAGUGUUUACACUGUGUAUCCACCGCCAAUGGAUCACAAACUCAAGCCACCACCAAGAGUGGACCCAUACAAUUAUGCGCAUAAAAAGCCAAAAACACACAUGUUAGAGACUUCUGAUGUGAACGAGUAUAUACACAACCGAUCCAGUUGGAUGUUACAAAAUGAGUAUCAGCGAUCCCAUAAUGCUUGGAAACGGUACUAUUACGGGACCCCUACAGAGAAAGAAGAAUAUGGGGCUUAUAUUCGACAAGGUUUGAAGCAACAAAUGUUGGAAAAGUCACUACGGAUGAAAGAAGAAGAAAGAUGUUCCAAAAAAGAAGAAGCGGAGCAGAUAAACCAGUUCUGCAAAAAAUUUGACGAGGCAGUGGAUAGCGAGCUAAAAAGGCGACGUGCGUUUCUCCAACAGUUUCGAGAGGCCAACAAGCAGCUAAGUGAGCAACGCGAGAAGGCACGUAAGCGGGAACGUCAGGAAGCGAUCGCGUUCGAGAUCAAGCAACUCCAACACAAUCCUAUUAACUGGAGCUACACGUUAAAGUGAAUCACAGACGUCUAUUCAGAAAAGUGCUUUCUGCCAUUGCAAAAAUAAAUCCCGACGAGUACAGCGUGGGAUGCUCAUGUUUGUAAAAACGCUGACUCCCUUUUGUGAGUGUCGUUGAUACAGCGGUUUCUGGUCGACGAAGAAAUCCAUUGAUAAACUGCUCUCGAAACGGUUCUGUAACUUUAUUUGAGUAAUUAACUAAAUUAUUCAUUUGUGCAA